CAAGGCAUGUAUAAGGAGGCGGAAUUGAUACACAGGCAGACGCUGGCGCGGCGAGAGAAGGUGCUUGGGCUGGAGCAUCCAGACACACUGACAAGCAUAUACUGCCUUGCUUAUCUCCUUGCAUAUCAGCAACGCUACCACGAGUCUGUUAUUCUGUAUGAAAGGGCAUGCGCUGGGUAUAUCACCGUUCUUGGAAAGGAUCAUCCA